AUGGGCUUCGAGGCCACAGCCUGCAGGGACUUCCUGGAACUAGCGGAGACACACAGCCGGAAGUGGCAGCGAGCUCUGCAGUAUGAGCAUGCGCAGCGCCUCCACCUGGAGGAGACCAUCGAGCAGCUAGCCAAGCAGCACAACAGCCUGGAGCGGGCCUUCCGCAACAGCACCGCCGGGCGGCCCGCCAACCCCACCAAGAGCUUCAGCGAGGGAAGCUUCUUGACUUCCAAAGGAGAGGACAGUGAGGAAGAUGAAGAUACCGAGUACUUCGAUGCCAUGGAAGAUUCCACGUCCUUCAUCACCGUGAUCACUGAGUCCAGGGAGUCCAGGAAAGCCGAGGAUGACACAGAAUCCGUCUCUGCGGACGACUGGACCGCCACGGACAAUGUGUUGGAUGGUACCUCGUCUGAGCCCCAAGCUCCACCCACAGUCAAGAGGAGAUCCCGCAUCCCCGACAAGCCCAACUACAGCCUUAACCUCUGGAGCAUCAUGAAGAACUGCAUUGGCCGGGAGCUCUCCAAGAUCCCCAUGCCGGUGAACUUUAAUGAGCCCCUGUCCAUGCUCCAGCGGCUGACGGAGGACCUGGAAUACCACCACCUGCUGGACAAGGCGGUCAGCUGCACCAGCUCCGUGGAGCAGAUGUGCCUGGUGGCCGCCUUCUCCGUGUCCUCCUACUCCACCACCGUGCACCGCAUCGCCAAGCCCUUCAACCCCAUGCUGGGCGAGACCUUCGAGCUGGACCGCCUGGAUGACAUGGGUCUGCGCUCCCUCUGCGAGCAGGUGAGCCACCACCCACCGUCGGCGGCGCACCACGUCUCCUCCAAGCACGGCUGGAGCCUCUGGCAGGAAAUCACCAUCGCCAGCAAGUUCCGAGGGAAGUACCUCUCCAUCAUGCCCUUAGGUGCCAUCCACCUGGAAUUCCAGGCCAGCGGGAACCACUACGUGUGGAGGAAGAGCACCUCGACCGUGCACAACAUCAUCGUGGGCAAGCUCUGGAUCGACCAGACGGGAGACAUUGAGAUUGUGAACCAUAAGACCAGGGACCGGUGCCAGCUGAAGUUCCUGCCCUAUAGCUACUUCUCCAAGGAGGCAGCCCGGAAGGUGACAGGAGUGGUGAGUGACAGCCAGGGCAAGGCCCACUACGUGCUGUCCGGCUCGUGGGACGAGCAGAUGGAGUGCUCCAAGGUGGUGCAGAGCGGCCCCAGCAGCCCCACGCUGGACGGGAAGCAGAAGACGAUUUACCAGACGCUGCCGCAGAAGACGAUUUACCAGACGCUGCCGGCCAAGCUGCUGUGGAAGAAGUACCCACUGCCGUGA